UCAAUUUCUCAAAUUAUAUUUCCCUUUCUCUCUCUAUAAUUUUCUCUCUCUCUCUCUAAAAAGAUGGGACAAUCUAUGCAUUUGUUUGCAACUUUCUUCCUUGUAGCAAUGCUGCUUUUGUCCAAUGAUAUGGGACCUAUGAGCGGUGGUGUAGAGGCAAGAACUUGCGAGUCACAGAGCCACAGUUUCAAGGGGCCAUGUAGUAGGGAUAGCAACUGCGCUACCGUUUGCCAGACGGAAGGAUUCAUUGGCGGCGAUUGCCGUGGCCUUCGCCGCCAAUGUUUCUGUACUACAGACUGUUAGAAGAAAGUUUCUAGAUGAUCAUUUUUACUCUCUAUGUAUUUGUUUACUUUUUAAAAUAUCCAAUGAUAAAUAAUGUUUAAUCAAUAAAAAGUGACUAAUUAACCUCAUAUAAA